GCGCCUGCGACGACUGGCUUUCUUCGGUGGCGCAGCGACGACGCCGGCUACCACGGGAUGCGAAGGCGCCUGCGGCGACUGGCUUCUCGUUCGGCGACGCGGCCAAGACGGCGACGCCGGCUGCUACGCCCGCGGCGACUGGCUUCUCGUUUGGCGAUGCGGCCAAGACGCCGGCCACGACAGAGGCGAAGGCGCCGGCGACGAGCUUUUCGUUUGGCGCGACCGCGGAAAAGGCAGCAGACGAUAAACCGGCGGCCGCGAGCUUUAGCUUUGGCGAUGCCAAGACGACGACGGACGCGGCCAAGCCGGCCGAUGCGAGCGCGGCGGCCACGACGGCCCUGCCCGCCGAGUACAAGGACAAGACGGUCGAGGACAUAAUCAACAUGUGGAGCGAGCAGUUGGAGAACCACGCGAUGGCGUUCACAAACGAAGCUGUGCGCGUGAGCCACUGGGACGCUGAGCUCAUGGAGAACCAAAAGAAGCUCGGAGACCUCGCGAUUGAUGUUCGCCGGCUGCAAAUGGCGCAGAAGGAGCUCAACGCGAACCUUGACACGAUCAGCGCAUACCAGCUGGAGCUCGACGCGACGCUUGAGACGCUCGAGUCGAGCGUGGACAAGCUCUUUGAGAACCACCGGCAGAUUCCCGACACGGCCGACAUUGAGCGCGAGCGAGGGCUGCAGCUCUCGGUGGACAUUGACAACCAGCUCACGAUGAUGUCGACGGCGCUCAAGGAGACGAUCGACCGGCUCAACCAGUCGCAGGCGCAGGAAGACGAGAGCGCGAAUCCGAUGGCGCAGAUCCUCAAGGUCCUCAACGUGCACCACAACUCGCUCGUCUGGAUCGACGGCAACGCGACCAAGCUCGCGACCGACAUGGCCUCGAUCGCCAAGAAGCUCCAGCAGUAA